AUCCUCCAUCACAAUAAGCUCAAACUACUACUUUCCUCAUCCGAUUCGUUAGAUAUCGUGAUAGAGAAUUUUAAGUCAUGGUCAGUUCUCGACCGACUUUCAAUAACGCUUACUACCUUUUCUGUGCUCUCUUUCUAUUGCCUGCAGUAUGUUACUGCCAUGAUUCAUUCACACGCUCGAGAGCCACUUACUAUGGCAGUCCCGACUGUUACGGGACCCCAACUGGGGCCUGUGGAUAUGGGGAGUACGGGAGGGACGUGAAUGAUGGGUACGUGACCGGAGUCUCCAAGCUAUACAGAAAUGGAGCUGGCUGCGGUGCUUGCUACCAGGUUAAGUGCACGAAACCGCAGUGCACCGAGGAUGGAGUGAACGUGGUGGUGACGGACUAUGGGGAAGGAGACAGGACUGACUUCAUCCUAAGCCAACGGGCCUAUGGCGAGAUGUCCAAGCCCGACAAGGCUCAGGAGCUCUUUGCUUAUGGGGUGGUCGAUGUUGAGUUCAGGAGGGUCCCCUGCCAAUACUCGGGUGACAACCUCUUGCUCAAGGUCAACGAGCACAGCAAGCAGCCCGGCUACCUGGCCAUUAUCCUCCUCUAUGUUGCUGGCCAAAAUGACAUCACCGCCGUGGAGUUCUGGGAGGAGGAUCGCCAGCAGUGGACGCCGAUGAGGAGAGCGUACGGAGCCGUGUUCGACUUGGCGAACCCACCAAGUGGUGACAUCAACGUCAGAUUCCUAGUUAGCGGAACCAAUGGAGUGAACUGGGUCCAUCCCAACGAUGGCAUCCCGAGCGACUGGGAGGCCGGGGCCACCUACGACACCCAAAUCCAGCUAUACUAAAGAAAACUCAUCGGAAAAUCCUUGACAGUAGUACUACCAGUGCCGGAGUGCUGCAUGAUUUUCCAUAGUUUACGUAUAAUGAAUGGUCUGGUCAUAUCAUGUAGAAUUGGCAUAUGCUUGGAGACUUACCAAGUGCCUUGUGCCAUUAGGUUUCAUUACAUCCCAAAAUAAUAGCACGGUCGUUGUACUCUCUAGUAUUAAUGCUAAAGUAAGAAACAAGACCAUCCAUUUGACGAUAUA